UCAUCCGAGUCUCAGUGCAACUUCUGAUGCUUCAUCAUGUGUACUGAGAGGAUUCUAACCUAGUAUGCGAAUAUAGUGAGGGGCUAGCCCAAUGCAGUGCGUUAUCUCUGGGAGCUGACUGCCUAGUUGGAUACAUGGAUUUUGUAUUUUCGGAGAUCUAAGCAGAAACAUAAGAUUUUUUUUUUUGGGGUGAGGAUCCAGAGUUUCUCCUGCGCUAGCAUUUGAGAAAAAUGCGUUCUAGAAGCAACAGUUUUGAGGGUCCAGCUAACAAAAUGACCUGCAUACGAGGAAAAAUGUACCAGCGUAUCAAUGCAGAAAACGAGGACUGUUCUCAGCUUAAUCUUGGGAAAAUUACAAAGGGGGUGGAUAAAAGAGACUAUGUUGCCGAAACAGGAACUAUCUUGAGAAGUCACAAAUCAGAGGAAAAAGAAAAAGUUACUUCCAAGAAGGCAGAUGACCUUUCUCGAGAUGACCUGCUAUUCCUUCUAAGUGUGCUGGAGGGAGAACUGCAAGCACGAGAUGAGGUCAUAUCUGUUUUAAAGGCUGAAAAAAUCGACUUGGCUUUGCUUGAAGCGCAAUAUGGGUUUGUGACCCCAAAAAGAGUAUUAGAAGCUCUUCAGAGAGAUGCAAUCCGAUCAAAUGCUCCACAAUGGCAAGACGAUAUCUAUGAAACGCCAAUGUGCGAGCUUGACAAAGUGGUUGAGAAACAUAAGGACACUCACAAGAGAAUGUUGGAGCAACUUCUACUGGCAGAGAAAUCUCAGAGGGAAACUUUGUACGAAUUAGAAGACGAAAAAAGAAAGCACACAGAAUACAUGGAAAAAAGUGACGAAUUCACCAAUUUACUUGAACAGGAGCGUGAAAGGUUGAAAAAGUUGAUUGAACAAGAAACUGCUUAUCAAGCAAAAAAAGAGAAAGAAAACCACAGAAAAAUUACCAAACUCCGCGAUGAGCUCACAAAGUUAAAAUCGUUUGCAUUAAUUGUGGUUGACGAGCAGCAGAGAUUAACAGAGCAGCUACAACUGCAAAGUGCCAAGAUCCAAGAACUCACAUCAACUUCCCAGAAGGCUCAAGAAAAGGUGGCCACUCUAGAAGUGAAGGCAGAAGAAGAGGAGCAAAAAGCCAACAGACUAGAAAUAGAACUGCAAACUCAAGCGAGUAAGUUCUUUCAAGACCAGGAAGCCACAAUGGCAAAGUUGACUAGUGAAGAGACACAGAAUCGGCAACUCAGAUUAAAGUUAACGUCCCUCAGCAGGCAAAUUGAUGAGCUUGAGGAAACAAACAAGACUCUUCGGAAGGCAGAGGAAGAACUCCAUGACCUAAGGGAGAAACUUAACAAAGGAGAAUGUGGAAAUUCCAGUCUAAUGGCCGAGGUAGAGGAUCUGAGAAAACGCUUGCUGGAAAUGGAAGGAAAAGAUGAAGAGCUUAUAAAGAUGGAAGAACAAUGUUUGGAUCUCAACAGAAAGCUAGAAAAAGAAGCAUCACAAAGCAAAAAUCUUAAAGUUGAAGUAGAUAAACUAAAUAAAAGGAUUAUUGAGCUGGAAAAAUUAGAAGACGCCUUUAAUAAAAGUAAACAAGAAUGCUAUUCUAUCAAGAGCACCUUGGAAAAAGAGCGAAUGUGCACAAAACAACUGUGUAAUGAGUUAGAAAGCUUAAAAGUCAGAAUUAAGGACUUGGAGGCAAUUGAAGUAAAACUAGAGAAAACAGAAAGCAUAUUAAAAGAAGAUCUAACCAAACUGAAAACAUUGACGGUGAUGCUUGUGGAGGAGAGAAAAACACUGACUGACAAAAUCCGGCAAACGGAAGACAAGUUAAAGUCAACCAACACGCAACUUCAGCAAGAGCAAAAUAAAGUUACAUCAAUCACAGAAAAAUUAAUUGAAGAAAGCAAGAAGUCACUAAAAUCAAAGGCCGAACUGCAAGAAAAAAUGCAAAACAUAAUCAAAGACAACGAUGAGCUGAAAAACAAACUCCGAACUGAAGAAGAAAAGGGAAAUGAUCUCAUGGCAAAAACUAGCAUGCUAAAGAAGAAGCUGCAGUCACUAGAGGUAAUUGAGAAAGAGUUUCUCAAAAACAAAAUGAAACAAGAAAGCAAACCGUCUGAAUCACUUUACCAAGAAAACAAUAAAAUCCGAGAGCUCACACAGGAAGUCGAAAGAUUAAAGCACACCCUUAAACAAAUGAAAGCAAUGGAAGAUGACCUCAUGAAAACAGAAGAUGAAUUUGAGUCCUUGGAGAGAAGGUACUAUAAUGAACAACAGAAAGUAAAAAUAUUCUCAGAAGAACUAGAAGUUGUAAAAUUGGAAUUGGCAAAUUAUAAACUGGCUGAGAAGUCUGGAACAUACCAGGAAAAGAUUUUACUAACAAAGCUCAAGGAGGAAGAAGCAAAGUCAGGUCAUCUUUCAAGGGAGGUAACAGCUCUGAAAGAAAAGAUACAUGACUACAUGAAAACAGAAGAUACAAUUUGUCGUUUAAAGGGAGAUCACUCUGUUCUUCAAAGGAAACUUCACCAACAAGAAAAUAGAAACAAAGAACUUACAAAAGAAAUGGAGAACCUUUCCAAAGAACUAGAAAGGUAUCGUCGCUUUAGCAAGAGUCUAAGGCCAAGUCUAAAUGGAAGGCGUAUUUCAGACUUUCAAGUGUUCUCGAAAGAAGUGCAGACAGAUCCGGCAGAUAAUGAGCCACCUGACUAUAAAAGUCUCAUUCCUUUGGAGCGAGCAGUUAUAAAUGGACAGUUGUAUCAAGAAAGUGAUCAUGAAGACGAGGACAUGAAUGAUGAAGAGUCCAGUGUGGUUUUUAAACGUAAUUCUGCUAAUGGUAAUUCUUUAAACAACAGAAAAGCAAGAUCUCCAUGGAUGAAAUCUAACCAGCAGCAGUUGCAAAAUGGAAAAGUGCACUUAAAGCAGAAUGGAAAUUACAUAAACCCAGGGGACAUGGUCCUUACUCAUACACCUGGACAACCUUUGCACAUAAAAGUUACACCAGAUCAUGGACAAAACACAGCCACCCUUGAAAUAACAAGUCCUACUACAGAGAACCCACACUCCUUCACAAGCACAGCAGUAAUACCAAACUGUGGUAGCACUCCAAAACAAAGGAUAACUAUAAUCCAAAAUGGAUCCUUAACACCUGUAAAACCAAGAAUCAUAGAUGGUUAUGUUACACCUGAUCAAGUGGUGACCUCUCCUCUUACAAUGACUUCCUUUGUAAGACCUAGGACCCCUGACUCAUGUGGUUCUAUAACUCCAGAUAGAACAAUGUCCCCCAUUCAAGUACUGGCAUUAGCAAGCUCCUCAAGCUCUCCAGAUCGUGUCCUAUCACCAGAGCCAGUGGAAAUCAGUGGAACUCAUGCAGUCUUUCGCGUGUCCCCUGACAAGCAGGCUGGUUGGCAAUUUCAAAGGUCUAACAGUUCUAGCUCAACUUCCAGUGUAAUAACUACUGAGGACAAUAAAAUACAUAUUCACUUAGGACGACCGCCCAGUCCUUUCACUCCUGUGCAAGAAAAGAGACAUUCAUUAUCUAAUGGAACCCCAAAUAAACCCACAAACAAAAUCACCAGCAGUAUCAUAAUCACACCAACAGCUACCCCAAUAGCACGGCAAUCACAAAUUACAGUCUCUGAGGAAGCAUCAUGCAGCAGCGGCCCAACUCGGAUUCCCAAACCUAAAACAAUCAAUGCCUCAAAACUACCCAUCAAAAAAACAGUUGGGAGUUCUGGCAAAGCAGAGCGGGACAUGAACAAAGACAAGUUACAUUCAGUUAAAACAAUUUCUAACCUUCACAAUGGAGCAAAGAGGUGACCUAGUGGAUGGAGCUUAUAUACAGCAAGGAGCAUAGUGGCAAUAGGAGAAAUAUAGAGAAAUUCUGAUAUACCCCACUAGUGAUAUAGAGCGGUAUCAUUUAAUUGCAAUAACUAACACACUUUACGCCUUGUUGAGUAUCUUAAUGUAUCGUUCCCAAAAAUUUUAUAUGUUUUGUAUAGUAGGCUUUCAUACCAAG